AUCCUUCCAGGACGAUUUGUAGAAUUUCGACCGGCAUUUAAGCCGCAAAUUUUGUCGACGUAAACUGUAUAUGUAUAAUUGCGAUUAUCGCAAUAUGUACAACUGUCGCCACCUAUUCAUUCUGACAUCGAAUAUGUCAACUCCGACGUUUCAGUUGGAAUUGGAAAUAAUUAAAAGACUCAUUUUUUAUUGACACAGUUCCUGGAUAGAAGGAAUCGCAAGAGUUUGUGCAUACACAGUGUCUAUCACAAGAUGUUUCACGAACGUGUUAAUUGAAGGAUUAAUUCACACUGUGUACACAUGGCAGUGAUAUAACUUGAUAUGACAAUAACAUAAGAUCGCCUAACGUCUAAGUAACAUAGUUAAUUACGGUGCAUUUCAAGUUAACGAUUCGAUGAUGGCAAACUUGGCAGGAACGGGUGAUACAAAUCUCGACUUUAAAGUUGACAUGGAAUAUGCUGAUCCUCAAAAUGUGGAAGGUGAUAUGACGGUAGGAGCUAAGAAAAGUUCAAAUCUCGGAGAACCUGAAUUUAAUACUUUAGAUGAACCAAUUAAGGACACAAUUCUCAGAGAUGUUCGAGCUGUGGGUAAAAAAUUUUAUCAUGUUUUGUAUCCUAAAGAGAAGAAAAGUCUACUGAAAGAAUGGGAUCUUUGGGGACCGUUAGUAUUGUGUACAUUCAUGGCAAUGAUACUGCAAGGUUCUUCUGAUGCAGCAGAUGAUUCCAAUGAUGGAGGACCAGAAUUUGCAGAAGUUUUUGUAAUUGUCUGGAUUGGAUCUAUGGUAGUUACACUGAAUUCAAAGUUAUUAGGUGGCAAUAUAUCUUUCUUCCAAAGUAUUUGUGUCUUAGGAUACUGUUUGCUGCCAACUGCUAUAGCUCUAAUUUUAUGUAGAAUCAUUUUAAUGGCAGAACAAACAGUUUUUCUAUUUAGUUUAAGGUUUCUUAUUUCCAUGCUUGGAUUCGCGUGGGCAACAUAUGCAUCAAUGGCAUUUCUUGGUGACAGUCAGCCAGUAGGGAGGAAAGCUUUAGCUGUAUAUCCAAUAUUCCUAUUCUAUUUUGUAAUUUCGUGGCUGGUAAUAUCUCAUACCACAUAAAAUAAAAUAUAAAUUGUUUGUAAUAAUGAGACUAUACAUUGUUCAGUAUUUGUGCACAAACUAACAAAGACAUUGAGUAAUUCAGCAGACCAUAGCCUAUGGUUCACUUUAUUACUAUAAUAUACUUUACAAUUCAUAGAGUCUAAGUAUAUACCACACUAAGUUUGCUGUAGAUAAAAUAGUAGGUAUAUAUAUAUGCAUUUUAGAAAAUCACCAGUUUGUAUGUCAAUUGCAAUUAUCUAUACAUUCAUGAAUGUAAAGUAUGAAGUAGUGAACGACAGUCAAGUAAAUUAGUAAAUUCGUAUAUAUUUAUACAUAAGUCUCAUAAAAAGAAUUGGCUGAUGUGAUACAGAAAAUGUUAUCGAUAAAUAUUGCAAUUAUUCUAUUUAUACAAUCUUCCAAGAUAAUUUCUUAACAUUUAAAAAUCGCAUUUUUAUCAACCGAGUUUUCCGCAAGUUGACAUUCCUAUUAAAAUGCUUAACUUAUUAAUUGACAGAAUUGAACAAGUCACAAUUUCUACUCUUUAUAUAUACAUAUAUGUGUACAUAAUGUUAGCUGUAAAAUUGAAAUCAAACAUUAAAUAAAAUAUAUCAUUUUUAUAACGGGAAAGAUUUGCUCUGUAAUUACCUUGCUUUUUACAUAUGUGAAAAAUAUUUCUCCAAUUUUUUUAGAAGACUUUUGCUAUCGCAGUGUCCGGGAUAUGCGCUCAAAGACUUUUGCACCGCAGUAUAACUUGUCUGCAAGUCUCCAACCUAUGGAUUUUGAUACGAUUUAUAACUUCAUAAGCUAAUUAUUAGAAUAAUUUAUAGGAUACCAUUACCUCAUAAGCCAAGUAAGCACUGUUAAAAUGAGGUUCAUAAAUGAAAUUUGCAAUAUUUGCAGCAGCAUGGAAAUAUGUUCGAGCUGCUGUUAGAUUUCCAUUUCGUAUCUGUAUAACUCCAAGAUUAUUGUAUGCUAACGCAUGUCUAUUGUCAUUUACAAUAGUAAGUUUCAAACAUUCUUCUGCCAUUGUUAUAUCACCUACUGUCUGAAAUUUCUUGUGAGUUAAACUAUUGAAGAACAUGAUUGAAAGUACUAAAAAUAGUUUGUGUACCUACUAGAGCAAUGUGGGAAAUGUUAUACCAUACAUCUGCUGCGUUUUCAUCUGUAGAAAGAUUAAGUGCCCUUUCAAAGCAUGAUAUAACAUGAUCAUACUGCUGGGAAUAAAAACAGCAUAAUCCAAGAUUGUUGAAUAGCUCAACAUUGUACACACCCAUCUGUAGCAGUCGUCUAUGUCGGAAAUAAGAAGAAAUUGAAUUUUGUAUCAUCUU